AUGGCUGCCACUCGGUCUUGUUUGCGCCGAGCGCAGGCGGUGGUCGGGAACGGCGCCGGCCUGAUUCCGUGUCUCGCCGCGCUCGGACUGGUGCUUCUCCAAGCCGGCGCCGCCGUCAACCUCUGGAACACCCGCGAGCGAGGGCAGUUCAACUUCUCACCAUCGUCGAGCUUGGCGAUAUCCGAACUACUUCGAUUUCUAAUAGCGACGCUUCUGUUGAAGCGCGAGACUCGCACGCGCGCCGCGAGCGCCGAGUACUUGUCGCUGGACAAUAGAUCGGACGAGCUGGAUCAUGGCAACGAGGAUGGCCGGUCAUCAAGCGAGUUUGCCGUCGAGAAGUUCUCGCGCAGUGCGCCCAUUGGAAGCGCCAGGGCGCUGUGGCGCUAUGCAUGGGGAGACGCCGACGUCAGGUUUGGGCUCAUGAGGAUCGCUUUGCUGCAGAUGCUCAGCAACAACUUGGUACGGGUUCCGGAGCGUUCGGAUGAAUGGUGCAACUGGACGAACGAGGGCUGA